UCUUAAAGGGCCCGCGUGUGGCUGUGGGGGGGGGUGAGGGCGAUGCUGGCGGCGGGGCUGCGGCGGGCCCUGGGCGUGCGGCGCUGCCCCGCGGGGCUCCCCCGGGCACGGGCCCGGCCCUGGGGGGCCCGACAAGAGCGGGGUGGAGGCACGGGACAGGGAACGGGGCCGGGAGCCGCCCGGUGGCGGUUGGGGUGGGCCCGGCCGGGCCCGGCUCUGGGCUUCCUUGGAGCCCUCUCGCUCUUCCCCAGGGACGCCGAGGAGGACGGCGAGGCCGCCAUUGUGCUGCUGCUGAAGAGAGCCAAGCUCAGCAUGAUGAAGGGCGAGCUGGGGGAGGCCGAGAGGUUUCUGCACCAAGCCCUGCACCUGGCGCACCAGGCGGACGACAAGAGGGCCAUCGUCUACACCUACAGCAUGAUGGCAAACGUGGCCUUCAUGCAGGGGCAGCUGGACAACGCAGAAAAGCUCUACAAAGCAGCUAUGAGCUUUUUGCUAGCAGGAGACACAAAGGAGGAUGACAAUGCAGUCCUUGAGAUGUCCCUCAAGCUGGCCAGUAUCUAUGCUGCUCAGAAACAGCACAAGUUAGCCCUGGCUGGCUAUGAGUUCUGCAUCCUGACCUUAGAGGAGAAGAUUGCCAAGCAAAAGGAUUUGCCUGAAGAUGUUUUGUCAGCUGAAGAAAAAGCCAACACCCGUCUCUUGUUGGGGAUGAGCCUAGACUCCUAUGCUCGUUAUCUCCUAAACAUUAACCAGCUCCCCGUGGCCCAAAAGAUGUAUGAGAAGGCUCUGCAGAUCUCAAAGGAAGUUCAGGGAGAAACUCAUCCACAGACUGUGGUCCUCAUGAAUGACUUGGCAACUGUGUUGGAUGCUCAGGGGCACUAUGAUGAAGCAUACUCCUAUGUGAAAAAGGCAGCUGAACUGGCAAAGGAGACUCAACACCCUGAGGAGCACAUGGUGCUGAACAACCUGGCAGCAAUUCUGAUGCACAAAAUGUUGUCAUUCUCCAAGAGAUAUUGGCUAGUGCACCUGAAACCACCAAUACCAUUUUGAAAGCCAGGACCACUACUGGGAAUAGAAACACCGUCUCUCUGUCACUUCCAGAGGAAAGGGAAUGACUUUCAGUGACACUGAAUUUAUUCAAGCCCUUCGUUUAUUUAUUUUAUUUAAACCAUGAAAUAUUUGGGAGCUGAAAUACCUCACCUGAAUUAGGCGAUGGAUUAGCUUCUUCCCUACGCGUCUCACUACUUGCAGGUACUGCAGCGUUGGAACUGCCAGAUGCUACUGCAAUGGACUGUGAUAUUACAACUCCAUGAUCCUCGCUCUUGUCAUCAAAGUUUCCCAUCAAUGCUUUUCUAAUAAUGUCUUCUAGACCAAGAUUACUGGCAGGAUCUGCAAAGGAAUGACCCCUAGAACUGACUGCACCUGGGAGAUAAAAGAAAACAUACAUGGAAAGGUGGGAGGGGAGGCAAAAAACAUAUCUCAGAGAAAUUAUGUGGACAAAGAUUUUAGAGAUAGGCAGAAAGAUGGGGAAAAAAUGUAUUUUUAAAUGCAAAGCUACAUGCUCAAAAGCAGCUCACAAUAGCUGUAAGUUAUAUGUGUCAGCAAACACUAAAUGCCAGACUCUGCAAUAGAGUAAAUUUUACAUUAAGCCAAAAAAAAAAAAAAAAAA